AUGAAGAGGGAGGUUUCUGCCCUCAAAAAGGAGAACAAAGCUGUUCUGACAAAGAUGAAGAGGCUGGAAGAUCAGGCCGAGGCUGCCACGAAGGCCCAACAGAUGGCAGAAGAAAAAGCGGAGUCUGCUGAAGCCAUCAAAAAAGUUGCCGAGGCCGAGAAGAGAGAUGCCGAGGUAAAAAGGGCUCAAGCCGAAAAAGAGCUCGAGGAGGCCCUGGCCACUAAAAACGUCAAAAUUACUGAAGCCGGUGAAAAAGCUUACGCCCAAGGAAUGGCCGAUGUUGCUGAGGACUACAAACUACAAGCUGAAGCUAUUCCUCUCACAUUCCCUCCUCCUGCUCCUCCUUCAAGUCAAGAUGAAGAUGAGUCAGAAUCUGAGGCUGAGGAUGAAGAUAAUAAUGAAGAUGAGGCCUUGGGUGAUGAGGUUGGGGAGGCUCCUAGGGAAUCUAUUACAGGGUACUUAUCAUCCGACCUUCUCUUAGCUGAAAGAAGCCUUGACAAAUCGCUUGCUGAGAUUGAUGCCGAGCUGGCUGCAGAGAAGGCUGCCGAAGAAGUUCCCUAG